AGAUCACACACGAGUCCCGUCCGCCGCUGUAGCAGUACUGCAGUAGAAAUCCUGUCCUGUCGCUCCCUCCACCACACACUGAACUGAACACGCGCGCGCGCACGCCAUUCCCCUCCCGUAGCGUGCGGCGUGCCGUCAAUCCAAACCACCAAAAGCAAUGCCGCCGCCGUCCGCAAACGGCGCCACCGCCGCCGCCGCCGCCGCGAGGGACGACAUGUCCCCGGCGGAGGCCAGGCUGGCGAUGAUGGAGCUGGCGAACAUGGUGUCGGUGCCGAUGGCGCUGGCGGCCGUGAUCCGGCUGGGCGUGCCGGCCGCGGUGUGGGCGGGCGGCGCCAACGCGCCCAUGUCAGCGGCCGACCUCCUCCCGCCGGGCCACCCGGACCCGUCCGUCCUGGAGCGGCUGCUCCGCCUGCUGGCGUCCCGCGGCGUUUUCUCCGAGUCCACCGAGUCCACGCCCACCACGCGGCGGCGGCUAUUCGCGCUCACCGCGGUGGGCCGCACCCUGGUGCCGGGGCCCGCCUCGGGCGCGUCCUACGCCGACUACGUGCUGCAGCACCACCAGGACGCGCUGGUGGCGGCGUGGCCCCGCCUGCACGAGGCCGUGCUUGACCCCGCGGGGCCCGAGCCGUUCGCGCGCGCCAACGCCGGGGUCACCGCCUACGCCUACUACGGCAAGGACCAGGACGCCAACCGGGUCAUGCUCCGCGCCAUGGCGGGGGUAUCCGAGCCCUUCAUGGGUGCCCUCCUCGACGGCUACGGCGCCGCCGGCGGGUUUCGCGGCGUCGCCACGCUCGUAGACGUCGGGGGAAGCUCCGGCGCCUGCCUCGAGAUGAUCAUGCGCAGGGUCCCCACAAUCACCGAGGGCAUCAACUUCGACCUCCCCGACGUCGUCGCCGCAGCGCCGCCCAUCGCCGGAGUGAGGCAUGUUGGCGGAGAUAUGUUCAAGUCCAUCCCCUCCGGUGAUGCCAUUUUCAUGAAGUGGGUUCUGACGACGUGGACCGACGACGAGUGCACGGCCAUCCUGAGGAACUGCCACGCCGCUCUGCCGGACGGCGGCAAGCUCGUGGCCUGCGAGCCGGUGGUGCCGGAGGAGACGGACAGCAGCACCAGGACGAGGGCGCUGCUGGAGAACGACAUCUUCGUCAUGACCACCUACCGGACGCAGGGGAGGGAGCGCUCCGAGGAGGAGUUCCGCCACCUCGGCGUCGACGCCGCAGGCUUCACCGCCUUCCGAGCCAUCUAUCUCGACCCCUUCUAUGCUGUCCUCGAGUAUACCAAGUGAUCUCCACUCCAUCCGCCCAAAUCUCCUUGCGAGUUGAAUAGCAGAAUAACGAACAGAUAAAUAAAGCUAUUCCAUUCACGUUGGAAUCCGAAUCUCUGCCUACUGUACUCAACGUUAGCUUCUGUAACCAGGAUAUCUCUUUCAAGCAUUUCCAAGCUUUUGAUGAC